AUGAAGGGACCCAGCUCCUCGCAGCUCCUGCUGGGGCCUCUCCUCGCCUUCUGUCUGCUGGUUGCUGUCAGCGGUGAGUAGGCAACGCCGAUUUCCCCUUCCCUUCUCUCGCUUCCCUGCCUGGUUUUUGGCUACUGGAUGUGAUGGGUGGGGAGCCCUUCUUAAAUUGCGCGCGGGGCGCCUCGAAGGCGAAGCUGCCCUGGCUUUAAAUCCGUUUGUCAGCCCAGCCCCUCUCGAUUUGUUCCUUCGCUGCCGACCAAAUCCUUCCACGAAACUCGCGUUAAAGCGCCGUGAAAUCUCGAAAUGCCCAUUUGAAAAGAUCAGCCGAACGCACAAGCAGGGCAUGUUUACGCGUUGGGUUGGGAUGCGGUUUGGUUAGGGUUAGGGAAAAGCGCUCUGUACAUGCUCGAGAGGCUCUGUGCGCAAUGAUGGAUUCGCCAGGGGCGGAGGGCGGCGCUAAAUCCUGGCUUUAUUGUUAUGGUUCUUCUCCUCCCUGCCUGUGUUUUGGGGGAUUUAGCCUUGGCAAGCUCCAAGACGAAGACCUGGUUAUGAAGUUUAGAGAAGCAGGCCCUGUGUUCAAAUUGUGGAGGGAAACGGUGGGGGAAGGGAAAGGGAGCUAGUGAAAUCCACAAGCCUCUGACUCGCCCAGUUUUAGCCUAUCUGUAUCGUUCCUCAGUAACAUUUUACAAACAAUAGCUAGUGGGAUCAACACAAAGAGUAAGGCUGUGCUCUCUUCCCCCACCCUCUGAACCUUGACUUGAUUUGGGGAUCAUCAGACUAACAUUUUGCAAUGUGGGAAAAUAGGGGCCAUAUUUUCCCACGGGAAUUGGUCUGUGGAAAUCAAAAGUGAAAGGAGAGCCUAAGGGGGCCUGCUCUAGGCUUUCAGGGUUGUCUUGGGGAUAAGUAACCUCUUUUCUUAAAACUUGGUGCUAGAGAUGUAUUUUUGUUCUCCUUCUGUACCAACCUAUUUCCAGGACUUAGGUACGUGUGCAUGUUUGGUUUAAGGGACUUCCUAAUAAAUCUCCCAAGGGUCCUUUUGGGUGCUUGUGGGCAAGAUGUCGGUAGGCUUUUGUGGGGAUGUGGAAGACACUGGAUCAGUGCAGUGACUCAUUUCCGAAAGGAGCUUAGGAACAUAGGAGGCUGCUUCCAUAACCGGUCAGAUCAUUGCUCUGUCUAGCUCAGUUUUGUCAACACUGGCUGGCAAUGGUUCUCUGGACUUUGAGGCAGAAGUCUCCCCCAGCCCUUACUUGGAAGCCGCUGUCUGGAAGUUUAACCUAGAUGUGCACCUCCAGACUGAGGCUCCUAUAGCUUUAAAGGCACCAUGGUUUGGCUUAAUGUUGCAUCCAGACCUUGGCCCCAUGGUUUGUCUUGCUCCAGACAAACCAUGCACUUUAACCAAGGUGUGUUCCUGGCGUACCGCUUUAUCUAGGGUAGACAAACCAUAAGUCUGGGUUUUAGCAAUAUGCCAAACCAUGGCUUCGUCCCUUGUAGGGCAGCGGCAUUGGGGAGGAGUAUUGUCGCAGUGAUCUUUUAUUUAUUUAUUGGUUAUUCAUUACAUUUGUAUACUGCACUAUACCCGCAGGUCUCAGGUUGCAACAUAAAAUCACAAUAUGAAAACACGAAAUGCACAAUAAAAACAAAAGUCCCUUCAGUCAGGGAACCUGCUGGCUUGCACUAAGCCAUGGUUUGAUUUAGUUUUACGUGUAAGUUGGGCCAAAGUGAUGGUCUGAAACUAAAAACUAUUACUUCUUGCAAAAUAAUGCAACUCCUUUUCUGCUCACCAUGGAGGAGCUCCCAGUUGCCUUGAGUAUGAAAUGUCACCUCUUUCCGGAGUGUGCCUUGGAUGACUUUAGGCCAGUUGCUUUCUCAUAGCCUAACCUACCUCGCAGGGCUCUUUGUGAAGAUGCAGUGUUUUGAACUCCCUGAAGAAACAGUGGAAUAUAAACAAAUAAGUACAUAGGGACACAGGAAGCUGUCUUAGGUGGAGUCAGAUCACUGGCCCAUCUAGGUCAGUAUUGUCUACUCUGGUUGGCAGCUUCUCCAGGGUUUCAGCCAUACCUAGAGAUGCUGAGGAUUGAACCAGCAACCUUCUGCAUGCAAAGCAGAUGCACUACCAUUGAACUGUGGCUCUUCCCUAGUAAGCUCAUUGAAAAGUAAUUCCAAACAAUUGCUUUCAGGAUUGGGAUGUAAGCAUCAUAUUUUUCUUACGCCCUAACCAUGGCAAAUAGGCCUUGGACAGCCAAUAUAAUAUAGUUCAGCGAUGGGGCGAGGGCAGAUCUGGGCCCCAUCUGCACUAUGCAUUUUAAAGCAUUAUCUUAUCACUUUAAACAGUCGUGAUUUCCCCCAAAGAAUCCUGGGAACUGUAAUUUGUUAGUUCCAUUCUCAGAGCUACAAGUCCCAGAGUUCCCUGAGAAGAGGGAUUGGUUGUUAAAACACUCUGGAAAUGGUGGUUCUGUUAACUGAGUAGGGGAUCUUCUAAUGACUCUCAACAAACACCCUCAACAAACUACACUUCCCAGGGUUCUUUGGGGGAAAGCCACAACCAAUUAAAGUGGUAUGAUGCAGCUUAAAUGUAUAGUGCAGACGAGGCUGUGAAUAUGAUAGUGGCUGGUGAUCACCUCAUCUGCAAGGAGUCAGAUUCCUAAUUGCUUAUAGUACUAGUAGCAACCAAAUGACUCCCGAUUAACACUGCUGAAAGGAAACUUGGGAUUUUUUGUUUGCAAGGACUGUGAGCGCCAUUCAGUUUUGGUACGUGGAGCAAACACUUGGGCUCAGAAUUAUUUAAUUUUAUAUGCAUUUCUUUUCCUCCAGUUUCCCAUGGGUGGACCUUGGGUACAUAGUAAAAAUGACAACAACAAAGCAUAUUCUCCAAGCCUGAGUUUUGCUCACUCCUUUUCUAGUGGAUAGGCUGUUGGACUUGGGUCAGGGAGACUUGGGGUUGAAUCCCACUUGGCCCUGAACCUCAUUGACCGACUGCUGGCCAACAGCUCCCUCUUAGCCUAGCCUACUUAACAGGGUUGCUGUGAGGACAGAACGUGCGUGCAUGGGAAGGAAUCAUGUACAGUAUGCCGAACUUGAAAGGAGAGCAGGAUAAAAAAAAAAGUUAGCAAUAGAAUGAGGAAGUUGAGGGCAUAUGUUCCUUGUAACAUCUCUCCCCACACUUGGAAAUGCUCCUUUGUGUGGUCAGAAUCGGGGAUUUUUUCUUCCACAGUUUUACCUGGUUCCUAAGGCAACUGCUGGAGGAGAGAACACAGCAUAUUUAUAUUUCUGAUUGAUGGUGACAGUGGGGAGGAGACUGUUUAAAUGCUUACUGCAGGGCUGUGAUGGAUACGGGCCUGAACCCAACAGUGAGCUAAGCAUUAUCUGCCUCCUCUCUUGUUAGCACUUUAGGGCAGAGUCAGCACUUCUAAGUCUUUGUUGGAGGAGGAAAAAAAACAACAACCCGGAACUCAGGACGGUGGAGGUGCAGAGAUGUAUGUAGCUGAAAGGGAUUAGAACGGAUUCUGCAUGAAUGAAAAUCCCAGUGGAUUCUGCUGUUGGUGCAGUCUGUCCUCUUGUCUUCUUUCCUUUUUAAAAUUCUAGUUCCACAUCUGGCAACCUCUGGGCCAUCCAGCCCCCUUCGUUGGUGAUAAAGGUCCCCCACUCACUCGCCACACCAAAAUAUAGGGGUGAAUAGGGGAGCAGCCUCUGAUAUUUGGCAGAUGGGACACUGGUGGCGCUGUGGGUUAAACCACAGAGCCUAAGACUUGCCGAUCAGAAGGUUGGCGGUUCGAAUCCCUGCGACCUUGUCCCUGCUCCUGCCAAACUAUCAGUUCAAAAGCACGUUAAAGUGCAAGUAGAUAAAUAGGUACCGCUCCGGCGGGAAGGUAAACAGCGUUUCCGUGCGCUGCUCUGGUUCACCAGAAGCGGCUUAGUCCUGCUGGCCACAUGACCCGGAAGCUGUACGCCGGCUCCCUCAGCCAAUAAAGUGAGAUGAGCACCACAACCCCAGAGUUGGUCACGACUGGACCUAAUGGUCAGGGGUCCCUUUACCCUUUACUUUACUAUCAGGCCCACAGGGUAUUUAAAGUAUAUUGCUUCCCCAAAAGAAUCCUUGGAACUGUAGCCUGUCAAGGUUGUUGGGAAUUGUAGUUCUGCAAGGGAUAAACUGCAAUUCCCAGGGUUCUUUGAAGGAAGAUGUGGGCGUAAAAUGUUCUUUAAAUGUAUGGUGUGAAUGUGACCUAAGCCACCUUCAAUCAGUGAUGCCCCUGCAAAAAUAAUUUUCAUUCCUUCUGCCAAGCGAUUUAGAGUCAAGAGUACAGAAAAUGCUACUCUUCCCAACGAAUCAAAACUCUCUAGCAAUGAUUUGGGCUUUUAUUUGGGGGUCAUGAAACAUAAGGGAGAGGUGGGCAACAGGAAUUGGGGCUAUUCCAGUUCCAGGCAAGAUGAAUGGAAUGAAAAUGUUAUUUUAUUAUUAAGGUAUUUAUAUCCCACCUUUUGACUUGGAGUUCCAUUGUCACAGAAAUUGUAUCAGGAGUUCACAGACAGGAGAGUCGCCCUUUAAAACUCACUUUUUCCUUUGCACGCUGUCUACUUUCCCCUCUUCUCUAGCCUUAAAGGAAUCCUGUUUUUCCCCAGGCACUUCUGAUUCUGGGAAACAGACACAUUGUUCUCACACAUGGGGGCAUGAUUGUGUUUCUCAUCUGACAGUGAGUGAAGUGAUAAUUGGGGAUUGGUUCUGACCCAACAGUCCCGAUGCAGACACAUAGUAUUCUUUUAAUCAUUAGGCAAUCCUUCCCUCUGCAAGCAGACAAUAGUUUCUUAUCCCAGCCAGAAGAUAUGUUUCCCCCUUUCUAUUGUUUGCUGGUUUGUUUAUCAGGGCCAAAUGGAAUGAGCUGGUUUUUAAACAGUAGCUAAUCAAAGGACACAAACAUUCUUAGCCUGCAGUCAGAAUGGGGGAAAGGAAAAGAAUAUAAAGGAGCACCAAUGGGUGUGGGAGCAACCUUUUUAUUCUGCAGGGACUCCCUAAAGAGGACCCUUGGUUGUUUAGUGGUAUCCAACUCUUUGUGACCCCAUGGACCAGAGCACACCAGGCACUCCUGUCUUCCACUGCCUCCCGCAGUUUGGUCAGACUCAUGUUUGUAGCUUCGAGAACACUGUCCACCCAUCUCGUCCUCGUGUCGUCCCCUUCUCUUUGUGCCCUCCAUCUUUCCCAACAUCAGGGUCUUUUCCAGGGAGUCUUCUCUUCUCAUGAGGUGGCCAAAGUAUUGGAGCCUCAGCUUCAGGAUCUGUCCUUCCAGUGAGCACUCAGGGCUGAUUUCCUUCAGAAUGGAUAGGUUUGAUCUUCUUGCAGUCCAUGGGACUCUCAAGAGUCUCCUCCAGCACCUUAAUUCAAAAGGAACAGACGACAUGUAGGAUAUGACACUGCCUUGUACCAGGCUUCUUGUUCAUCUAGGCUAGUACAAUCUACUCUGUUUUAUAUUAUAGUUGUUGCUAUUUAAAUUUACUAGUCCCUUUAUAAAUUAUUAUUACAAAAAGCAUAAAACAAAAACAAAAUUUUAAUCAACUGUAUUUUUACAAGGCAGGAUUAAAACAUCCCACUCGCCCAAGGCCUAGCAGAAAAGCCUGGCACCUAAAAUAUGUAAUGAUGGCGCCAGGCAAGCAUCCUUCAGGAGAGCAUUCUGUGAGUGGCGAACCACCGCUAAAAAGGCCCUGUUUUCGUCCAGAUCUCCCAUGGAGGGGGCACAUGAGAUUUUAAGCCAUUUUUAUCUACACCACUGCCCAGAGACCUUUCGCUCUGGGGCUGCUUAGACAUGUCAAUAAUAAAUAAAAGAAAUAAUAACGCAUACUCAGAUUGGCAGCAGCUCUGAAGGAUUUCUGGUGCGACUCUCUCUCCUAUGACAAUUGCCUUCUACCUGUCCUUUGUAAUUGGAAUUGUUUGGGAUUGAACCUGAGACUUGUAGCGACAUCAAAAGCCAGCUUAUACCAAGUCAGGUCACUGGCCUGUCUAGCUUCAGAUGUUAAUGAUUAAAAGGGUUUAUAUACCACUUUCAUUUCCAGAAGAACUGCUUAGGCAGUCCACAAACAAAUAAAGGCAGACAUCAAAAUUACAAGUAUAAAAGCAACUGUAAAAAGACAGCUUCCUGGAAUGAACAUGUUAUUUUAUUAUUAAGGUAUUUAUAUCCCGCCUUUUGACUUGGAGUUCCAUUGUCACAGAAACUGUAGCAGGAGUUCACAGACAGGAGAUUUGACCUUUAAAGCUCACUUUUUCCUUUGUACGCUGUCGAUUUUCUCCUCUGCUCUAGCCUCUUCCUUGAAAUAGUAAGCGGCUUGCAGAGCUGUGCAGAGACCUACUUAAUGCCUGUCCUGUUAGGAACACACCAGGGAAAUUAAUUGAUUCUGCUGUAAAUUGAGGGUGAAUGCUGCACGCCCCCCCGCCCAGAGAAGCUCAAUUCAUAACCUUUUCAUGAGAGAUAAUAUGUUUUAUGAAUGAGAAACCGUGCUUUGUGAAUGAAGCUCAUGUCAAAUUAUACAUUAUUAAACCAAAAGGUGGACAGAACAGCAGUGUUCAGACUGUAUUUUACUCGAGCAGCCACCUCUGAAGAUGUAGCCAGGAAUCUCAGAAACCCCUCAAUGGGCUGGGAAUGUGUCAAGUGCUCUGUAACUGGGUUGGAGGAAGUUGCUCAUCAGUAGAAGAUGGGAACUGUCAAAUGGGGGUCUUUUGCUUAUCAGAGAAUUUGGGCAAGAGUAAGAAGAACAGAUUUGGGCAAGAGUAAGAAGAACAGAUCUGGGAGGGAGAAGGAGACGGGGUAGUUAAAGUGUCUGGACAGGGAAAUUAAAUGUGUCUGACUAUGGAUGGCGGUUCGAGACAGGCAAUUCACAAAGUACCAUGAUGGACAUGUUUGGAAGCUAUGUAAUCACACAUGCUCCAGUUUUGCUGAACAUCUCGCGGAUAAUCUUCCUGACGCUUUCUGAGGUUUUAAAAGUUGCUCCCCACAUUGUUUUCCUUGAUGCUUGACUUUGUUUUACAGUAUUCUGGAUUGUUUUAUUUGAUAUUUUAAUGUGUUGUGAACUGCUUUGAGAUUUUUUCUUUAAAAUAUAAAGUGCUGUAGAAAUGAAAUGAAUAAACAACAACAACAACAACAACGAAAACUUCAUCCCAGGGGAAUGGUGCCUAGACAUUCUGUUGGGGUGACCAUAACCUAGGUUUAAGGUGCUGCUUGGUGGUUAACAUAUAUACCUAUCUGGGUUUCUAACACUGGUCCUCCAGGGGUUUUGGAUGAAAGCUCCCAUCAUCCCUGACCAUGACAAUGCUGGCUAGGGCUGAUGGGCAUUGGAGUCCAAAGCAGAUCAGGGAAGGUAGAUCUAGUUGUUGUUGAACUCUUGCUCCCACCAACCUCAGCUGCAGGUUUGCUUGAAGCAUUGGGGCAUGAAUUUACCCUCCCUUAAAGGCAGCCCCAGAGCAGGCAUUAACAGCUCUCCUGCUGUGGCCCUGGCAUCUGUCCCAGAAUGCCAGGUUCUGAAACCACCUCUACUUGGCUUCUGAAAUUUCUGGGACGUUGCCCACCCUCAAAACAGCCAAAUAUUAUUUUCCCAGCCUUUUAAGGGUUAGAAACUUGGUGGUGAAGGUGGGUUGUUUUUAAAUGAAAACUUGGGGUUGUAUUCAACUAACCUUUUUAGACCAAUUGAAAUGAAUGCCCAUUAAGUAUGAUGAGUCAAUUCCAUGGGUAGACAAACUAAGGCCUGGGGGUCAGAUCAGACCCAAUCGCCUUCUAAAUCCAGCCCGCGGACAGUCCGGGAAUUAGCAUGUUUUUACAUGAGCAGAAUGUGUGCUUUUGUUUAAAAUGCAUCUCUGGGUUAUUUGUAGGGCAUAGGAAUUCAUUCAUUCCCCCCCUUCAAAAUAUAGUCCAGCCCACCACAUGGUUUGAGGGAUAGUGGACUGGCCCCCUGCUGAAAAAGUUUGCUGACCCCUGGAACUCUGAGUAAAAGUUAAUUCAGUACAACUCAGAGGUUCACUGAGCAGGAAAAAAAGGAUUCUCUGGAACCUGGAUUCUGAAUUUUUUUCCCUUACCCUUUUGCAAAACUCUCGCAUUCACACAUCCCUGCUGAUUGCUAAUGCAUUUCUGUUCAGCCACCUCCUUUCACUGAAGACGCUCAGUGUUGUUCUUGUUUUUGUACAGUGGUACCUUGGGUUACAUACGCUGCAGGUUACAUACGCUUCAGGUUACAGACUCCGCUAACCCAGAAAUAGUACCUCAGGUUAAGAACUUUGCUUCAGGAUGAGAACAGAAACCGUGCUCCGGUGGCACGGCAGCAGCAGGAGGCCCCAGUAGCUAAAGUGGUGCUUCAGGUUAAGAACAGUUUCAGGUUAAGAACAGACCUCCGGAACGAAUUAAGUAUUUAACCUGAGGUACCACUGUAGUAACUUGGCCACUCCACUCCACGGGAACCUGGCUCUCAGUUGCAUUAAUUGUCCAAAAGGCAGGGCAGAGAGACACAGAGGGCAGCUAAGUACUCCUGUCUGUCUGGGAGCAAGUCAGAUCGGAAGCGACAUCUCAGAUUCCUAUGGCCAUCCCUUCCUCCCUGGCUGUAGCUCGUGGCAGUGCAUUGAUGGAAGAUGAGGUCAUCUGGCACCAGCCAGGGCACAGGCAGUGCCUGAGCUCUGUUGCUUUUUUUAUUUUCCCUUCCCAGGCUGGGCUGUGAGAGCUGCCCAUGCACCUCUGAACACAGUUUGGAGCCUGGUUUCUUCUUAGCCUGUUGGAGGAGUGGAGCGUUAGGAAGUGAGAUUAACCCCAGGGACUUCUGCUAUAAAAAGACUUACGAGCAAUAAUGCUGGGAGGAGUAGCUUAAGCUAAUGAAAUCUGUCUGCCAUGGACGUUAAAGCCCUACCCCAGCAAACAAGGAGCCUGGAGGCUAUUUUUGGAGGAUCUGCCUUGGGUCCUCUACAGCAGGAGAUUCAGAAGAGGCAAAACGAAAGGAAUUCUUCAAAGAGAAAGUACUUCUUCUCUCCGUACAUAGUUAAACUGUGGGAUUCACUUCUGCAAGAUGAUGUUGUAAACAAAAAUUGCCCUUUUCCCUUAUGGGGUAUCCAAGAGCCCAUAUAGAGUCUUUACAUAGGUUCCCUAUUGGUAGGAGAGAAUAACAGAGGCCAGCCAGAGAAUAUUGAGAAACAAAGCAGCUAGUAAGCUUGAUCUUUAUUCAUCUGUUGCAACAGGGUGCUCCCCUCACCCGCAGGAGAGAGGAGGAACCCAGAAAAAUGGCGUGCAAGGCCUUAUAAAGACUUUUGAAAUUGCCACCCUGUAGAUCAAGACCACCCCAGAAACAUCAUACAUACAUCACAGAAGGGGUGUAACCUAAGACCACCCCUCAGAUACAUCAUACCUACAUCACAGAAAAGGCGGUCUAAACAGAAAUUUGAAUGUUGUUUUUCUUCUGUCGUUGUUUUUCUCCUGUCUGGCAGGUUACUUGAUUGGAUUGCCUGGGUAGCCUGGCCAGUCUUUUGUAAUGAUAAAUACUUAGUUCCUGGGCCAUGUCACAGGCUCACACCCUAUUCAUAUCUUAAAUGUGCCCUUAGGACAGGAUUUGUGAGGAAAGAGACAAUGGGAGGUUUCCCACUUUAAUAAUAAUAAUAAUAAAUUUUAUUUAUAUCCCGCCCUCCCCAGCCAAAGCCAGGCUCAGGGCGGCUAACAACAAACAAAUAAUCAAACAAUCAAAUAAUCCAACAUUCUAAAACAUUUCAUUAUAAAAAUUAAUUAAAAUCAAAUUAAUGGCAACCGUUAAGCAAAGUUCUGUGCAGGUUGCCAGAGGAGGGAGUCAGGCUGGGCCCUGACCAAAGGCCUGGUGGAACAACUCUGUCUUGCAGGCCUUGCGGAAAGAUGUCAAGUCGUCAGGGCCCUAGUCUCUUGUGACAGAGCGUUCCACCAGAUUGGAGCCGCAGCCGAGAAAGCCCUGGCUCUAGUUGAGGCCAGCCUAACCUCUCUGAGGCCUGGGACCUUCAGGAUGUUUUUAUUUGCAGACCGUAGGUUCCUCUGUGGGGCAUACCAGGAGAGGCGGUCCCGUAGGUACGAGGGUCCUAGGCCGUAUAGGGCUUUAAAGGUUAAAACCAGCACCUUAAACCUGAUCCUGUACUCCACCGGGAGCCAGUGCAGCUGGUAUAGUACCGGAUGAAUGUGAUCUCGCAGCGAAGACCCCGUAAGGAGUCUCGCCGCGGCAUUCUGCACCCGCUGGAGUUUCUGGGUCAGUCUCAAGGGCAGCCCCACGUAGAGCGAGUUACAAUAAUCCAGUCUGGAGGUGACCGUCGCAUGGAUCACAGUGGCUAGGUCAGGGCGAGAGAGAUAAGGGGCCAACUGCUUAGCUUGGCGGAGAUGACCGUGCAGAGAAAACAUUUGCUCAGUUUAGGAAUCAAAAUGGUUCCAGGUUGGUCUUCCUGUGCUGAUCUAUGUACGUGCUUGAUUGGUACGCUUAUGAACAUUACCAUAUAUCUAAGACCAUAAAAUUCCUAUCACAAUGAUGACUAGAGCUAGGCAAUAUAUCAAUACAUCGCCCAAAACCGGUUUGAAAUCCAUAUUGUGAUACUGGUUUCAUAAUUUUUGACCUGGCAAUAUGUUGCGAAUCAUCAUGUGCGUGUGUGUGCUGUGCAAAAAUCACGAUGCAUGAAAAACUCUGAAGCCAGCCAGUGCUUCGACAUAGCUUCCCUAGGCAUCUGUUUGGCCUCUGUGAAAACAGGAUGCUGGAAUAGAUGGGCCUAAUUCAGCAGGCUAUUCUAAUGUACUUAAGUAUGCACAAGUACUUCUCCACAGAGCGCAUAGUUAACUAUGGAAUUUGCUGCUACACCAGGUGUGGGAAACAUUUGACCUAGUUAUUGUUAUUGUUGCUGUUAUUUUAUUGAAUUUAUAUACUACCCCAUACCCGGAAGUCUCAGGGCGGUUCAGAGAAAAGAUAAACAUAAAAACCACAACUUACAUAAUCAGAAUAAAAAGAACAACCCAAUAAUGCCCCCCCCCCAAAGAGCCACUUUUUAAAAGGGCAUAGGAUGUCAAUCAGAGCAAUCAAAAGGCCUGGUUAAAAAGGAACAUUUUUGCCUGGCGCCUAAAGGUGUAUAAUGAAGCUGCCAGGUGAACUUCCUUGGGGAGAGCAUUCCACAGAUGGGGAGCCACUGCAGAGAAGGCCCGUUUUCGUGUUGCCACCCUCCGAACCUUUCAUGGGGGGGGGGUCACACGAAGGAGGACCUCGGGGACACCGGGUAGGGUCAAAUGGGAAGAGGUGGUCCUUGAGGUAUUGCAGUCCUGAGCCGUUUAAGGCUUUAUAGGUCAAAACCAGCACUUUGAAUUGGGCCCGGAAACUAAUUGGUAGCCCGUGCAGUCGGACCAGGGUUCUACUUGUUGCUGAACUCCUAUCAGCCCCAGCAAGCAUUGCCAGUUGCCAAAGAUGAUGGGAGUCAGAGGCGCCAUCUUCUCAAGACGACUGAGGGGGCCCAACGUGAUGCUGCGAUGAGCCAAACUCCCUCUGAACAUUGAAAGGGCCCUCCCCCCUAAAAAAAAUGGCCCCCACAGAACUACUUCAGCCCCUAGAUGUUGGCGUGCCUGAUGGGAGUUGUAGUUCAGCUGCGUCUGGAUGCCCAAAGGUUCCCGACACUUGUGAGGAUGCCUCCCCCCUUUAAUAAUCCCUAGAAAAACAGGCAGGAUAAAAAUGGUUUCUGGGGAUUGUUUUUGUUCUAUUUCAUAGCACAUGCUGUACCACUGAGCUGUGGCCCCUCUCAAAAUACAGUGGUACCUCGGGUUAAGUACUUAAUUCGUUCUGGAGGUCUGUUCUUAACCUGAAAUUGUUCUUAACCUGAGGUACCACUUUAGCUAAUGGGGCCUCCUGCUGCUGCUGCGCCGCCGGAGCACGAUUUCUGUUCUCAUCCUGAAGCAAAGUUCUGAACCUGAAGCACUAUUUCUGGGUUAGCGGAGUCUGUAACCUGAAGCGUAUGUAACCUGAAGCGUAUGUAACCCAAGGUACCACUGUAUGUUUUCUGUGACCCCUCCCCCACUCCUGGACACAGUUGGAAAUGGGAACCUCAUACAAAUCAGCAUCCUGACCCCCGUUGGUAUUUAUGAUUCAGAAGCGGUGGGGAAGGGGGACCUUCACUACAAAGCUGCUGCCUUGCACUGAUUCACUCCCUUGGUUUUCCAGGUGACUUCUGUGAAGAGAACAAGUGUCAGAACGGAGGAACUUGCCUGACCGGCAUCACCGAAUCUCCUUUCUUCUGUAUCUGUGCAGAAGGCUUUACUGGGAUUGAUUGCAAUGAAACCGAGAAAGGUAAAUGUGGUGUUCGGAGCACGGGGUUUAUCGUUAGAACUUAAGCAAGCAGAGGAUGGUUUAUGAUGAUUAUUAAUACAAAUUUAUAGGCUACCAUUAAGCCGUCAAAACGAUGUGCAUAAUGAAAAUGGAAUACAACACAAGCUCUAAAAAGAGUAAAACCAACUCAGGAUGAAUGCUCAAUAGUGAAGUUGCUUGGAGGAGCCCAGAGAGGAAAAUGCAGGAUAGGUAAAAAAGGUAAAAGGACCCCUGCAUGGUGAAGUCCUGUCAAAGGCGACUAUGGGGUUGUGGCUUUCAGGCUAAGGGAGCUGGUGUUUGUCCGCAGACAGCUUUCCAGGUCAUGGUGGCCAGCAUGACUAAACCGCAGAAUACCUUAUUCUUCGCUCUAUAAGACACACCUAGUUUUUAGAGGAGGGAAACAAGAAACAAGAAAGCAGUGCAAAGCCUCUUGAGCGAAGAGGCAGGAGUGCUCCCGCUGCGCUCAAGAGCCUUUGUGUGGCUAUCCCUGAAGCCAGGAGAGCAAGAGGGAUUGCUGCGCUCUUGCUAUUCUGGCUUCAGCGAUAGCUGCGCAGCCUGCAUUUGCUCCAUAAGACACACACAUUUCCCCUAUUUAGGAGGGGAAAAGUGCAUCUUAUAGAGCGAAAAAUACAGUAGAUAGGGCAUUGGACAAGGGACUGAUCUGACUCCUGACACAAGUUCUGCAGUGGUCUCAAAAUCUCUCCACCUUGGGACCCCAAAUGCUUACUGCAACAAUGGCGGAGUUAAAAUAAGUGCAAGCACAUCAGUCCUGCUAAUUAUGCUAUUGUUAUUCCAUUGCACUUCAGAAUAUAUUUUGCAGUGCUAAUGACAUGCACAUCUCAUUUGUUGGGAAAGGAUAUUCACAUCCCGAUUGCCAUUUGCAAACCAUCAGCUGCUCUGACAUACAGUGGUGCCUUGCAAGACGAAAUUAAUUCGUUCUGCGAGUUUUUUCGUCUUGUGAAUUUUUCAUCUUGCGAAGCACGGUUUCCCAUAGGAAUGCAUUGAAAAUCCAAAAGGAAACAAACUUGCAAGACGUUUUCGUCUUGCGAAGCAAGCCCAUAGGGAAAUUUGUCUUGCGAAGCAACUCAAGAAACGAAAAACUCUUUCGUCUUGCGAGUUUUUCGUCUUGCGAGGCAUUCGUCUUGCACUGCACAUGAUUUCUUUAGAACAUAAGGAAUGUCUUGCUGGAUCAAGCUAGUGGCUCAUCUAGUCCAGCACCCUGUUCUAACAGCGGCCAACCAGAUUUCUAAUGAAAUCGCAUGUGUGUUUUGGGCGCUGAUAACUCUGGCAGGUAGUGGUUUGUCGACCUUCUCUUGCAUAGUUAAAUCUAGCAGGGGCUGUGAGAUGUUCUUGUUUGCAUCUAAUUUCUCCUCCUGCACCUCUUGUUUUCAGGUGCCUGCCACCCAAACCCCUGCCAGAAUGGGGGUGAGUGCCAGGUGGUUCCCAACAGGGGUGACGUCUUCACCGAAUACCUUUGCAAGUGCCCUUCGGGCUAUGAAGGCAAACACUGCGAAAACAGUGAGUGUGAGAUGUGUCUUUGGGAAAGUUGCAGCUGCAAACGGAAGAGCAGCUCGCGCUGGCUUGGAGCAAAUGUCCCAUCAGUCUGGUACCCUGUUUCCAGUAGUUGUAGCUAUGUGCCUCUAGGAAUGCCCCCAAGCAGGGCAACAACCACCUCUUGCAAUUACAUCCAUGUUUAUAGUAGGCCAGAUUUUACAUUUAUAUCUCCCUUUUCCUCUUUAUUUCUGCAUUCCAAAAUCUUAUUAAUUUCAAUUACAUUCCGGUCAAAAUAAAAAUCCCUUAUACAACAGUUGCAGUAUUAAUAACUUCUAUUUGUGUUGACCAAUAAAUGAUUUAUAGACGUACAAGUGAGGCACUCAAACUAUAUCCUUGUUCUUCCUGUGUGUGGCAAUUCUGUCCCUUCUCUUUCCCCAUUUCACCCUCACAACAACCCUGAGAGGCAACGAAGGGUGAGAUGUUGUGACUGUGGCUCAAGCUCACCUAGUUAGCUUCCUGGCAGAGUGGGGAUUUGAACCCUGGUCCUGCAAGUCCUAGCCUGACAUUCUAACCAGUGCACUAUACUCGCUGUUCAUACUCCGUACUCUUCUCUGCGAGUCUGUUGUUGACGGCAGAUUCAGUUUCAGCCGGUAACUGUUACAGCUGUUCAUCAAAGAAAAUUUAUCUGUCUUUUGGCAACUAAAAGUAGCAUCGAAGAUAGGAAAAGUACAGUGGUUCCCUGCCUUAUCUUCUGUUUGGCCACAAAUGACCUUCAGAGAUUUGCAGUCUUAAGACAUGGCUGACAAAUGCAACAAAGCUUUCUUUUAUGGUUUUCUUUUCAUUUAUAGAGUUUAUUUCCUGCCCCAAGGAGGGCAGGGAAGCAAAUAAAUAUACAAGAGAAAAACACAUCAAGCCAAUUCUAAAACAGACCAAAACAUUCUAGCAGCAAUUACAAAUUGGAACAUGCUUCCAUUCAGCAAUCUUGAGGUUGCCAGGAACAAUAUUAUUCAGCCACCCAAUGCCUGGGUAUUUAGUCAAACGGGGGUCCUGAUUUGGCUGCAUUGGGAGCGAGCAACUCAAUUCUUCUUUCCUUUUGGCUGUAGACAUGAACGAAUGCUCUUCGCAGCCCUGUAAGAAUGGAGGAACCUGCUUGGAUCUCAGUGGGGACUAUGCCUGCAAGUGCAUGCCACCCUACCUGGGGAAAUCCUGCCAACUCCGUAAGUUCCUGCUCCGUGACGGGUGUGGAGGGUGGUAGUGAUGAAAUGACCAAGAUCCGUUUAGAGCACAGCUGGUGAAUCAUUGGUCCUGCAAAUGUUGUUGGACUAGAACUUGCAACAUCCAUGACCAUUGGCCGUGCUGGUUGGGCUGUUGAGAGUUGGGAUCCAUCAAGAUCGGGGGUGGGUGUCUCCCAUUUGUGAUCCAGCCCAAUAGUCUGCUUCUGAAAACUAGCGGCUGGAAGACCCUGGGGAAGCUUUCAAACAGGUUGAUGAACUGAAGUUUAUUUGCUUACACUGAUAUCUGUUCAAAGAGCUCAAGGCAACAUGCACUGAUUAUCUUCCCACCCUUGAGUUUAUUCUGUGAGGUAUGUUAGGCUGAGAAGACUCCAAGUGGCUCAGAGAGCUUCAUGGCUGGGAUGGGAUUUGAGCCUGCUCCUAGUCUGUGUUUUUUUUUUAUUUAAAAAAAACAAUUACGCCAGCAUCUUGUAUUCAGAAAUAUAUAGAAGAUUGUGUAUACGCAAAAUAAAAUUCUGCCCAUGGAUAACCCAGUUUCUGCAUUGAGUGUUACCACCUGUAUACAUGCAGAAAUCUUGCAAAAUUCUAUAAGCCAAUAGUGAGCUAAGGUGCCCUCUGCAUUGUGAAGCAGUCAUGGCUUCCAACUAAGCUCUAAUCUCUUGCAAUGCAAAUAAAAAGAAAUAAAUAUUUUAUAUAUAUGUGUGUGUGUAGACACACACACACACACACACACACACACAAAUGACCUACCUGUGCAAUGCCCUACACUAGCACUAUGCAGUAGAAUGAAAGACGAAUUCUUCUGACUGAUUUGCCCUUUCCAGAUCAGUGCAGGAACCAAAAUGCAGCUAUCCUUGGCAAUGUUCACUUCUUCACUUUUCCAACCAAAGCGUAUGCGCAAGAAUGUGUACUUUGGGGGGAAAUGUGUACACAAAAAUGCGUCUGUAUUAGAGAAAAUAAUGCAUGCAAAUUCUACAUGUAGGGGGAAACGGCUUGCAAAAUGCAUAUGAAGCAAAAGUGCUUUCAGAAAUGUAUAUUGGGAGAAAUGCAUUUUUGGGGGGAGAGGGGAAGAUUGCAAGACUGGGAAAAAGGACAAAAUGACAUUUAUAGAUUCAACCAUCCCUACAAGAAAGCCUCUUGAGUGUUCGCCACCGUUCCUUACUCUCUUUUAAACUUGGGUUCCCGCUCAAGCUAUGCCUGCCCAGUUCUCGUGAACUUCCCUCACAUUUACACGUCAGAGGUAAUUAACAUGUAAUUGUCUUCUCUGCUUAACUUAAUUUAAGCACGAAGUGAUUGAGAGUCUCAGUCCCCCAAAAGCUCCUCUAGGACUUAUUUUCAUGAUGUUCUGCUUCUUGGUGACACUUUUAUUGCAUAAACAAAUUAGACACUUGAAGGGAGAUAAGAACUAGAAAAACACAUUAUUCUGAAUAACCCCACAAAGAUAUUUCCCCUCCCAUCUCCUUGAGGACUUCUUUGCUAGAAGUAGAUAGCAGGGGCCAUUGGCUUGAGAACAGCAUUCCUUUUUUGUCCACAAAGAACACCGGACUGCCCCCCACCGCCUUUGAUUCCCUUAUGAACCCCCUCUUCAGGUUCUUGUCAAUAAACUCCCGCAACUCCUUCAUCUCCCUGUCCGACAUGGCAUACAGUUUACCCACCGGUAGCUGCGCCCCAGGGAGCAAGUUGAUUUGGCAGUCAAAGGGCCUAUGUGGGGGUAGUCUAUCUGCCUCCUCGCUGAAGACCUCCUGCAGGUCAGCAUAUUGUGGUGGCACCUCCCCUUUCGGCUCCACAGCUAUCCCAGCCACCCUGGCCAGGGUCAUCCUUGGGGUUUCUCCCCCUAGACAGUGUUCCAAGCAGUAAGCGGACCCAAAGGUGACCGUUCUCUGAUGCCAUGCCACCACUGGAUCAUGUGCUAGCCAGCUCAUCCCUAAUAUUAUUGGGGGCCCUGCCAGUGAGGCUAUGUGAAAGGCGAUAGUCUCCGUGUGCCUGGAAACCCUCAUUCUCAUUGGUGGGGUCUGGUGCGUCACUUCCCCUCCCAGAAGCUCCCUGCCAUCAAUGGUGGUUACUUGCAAGGGGAAAUCCAGGGGCAGCAGGUGGAGCUGGUGCUCUAGUGCAAAGUCCUUGCUGAAGAAAUUGCAGGAACUGCCUGAAUCCAACAGCCCUUUCACCUUGACUGGGUGCCCAUUUGGGAGUUCUAGCACCACUUCUAUGGCUAUAGCCGCCCUGGGGAGUCUGGUUUGGGCACUUCUAUUGGUUGCUGGCCUGGCUGCUGUGCCCGCUGAGUGGCAGCCAAGCGUUGGCGUUUCCCUGCUCCUUUACCAUCUCCUCCUCACCCCCUGCAGCUCCCACCAUCCCUUGCCAGGCCUUUCUUUGCGGGCAGACCCUGGCAAAAUGUCCUGGCCGCUGGCAGAGAAAACACUUCUUGGUGGUUUUCCCAUCCUUUCCCUCUCUCUUGCGACUUUCACUGGAGUUUGAAAUCUCCCCCGCGCGCGCCCCAUCUAUUUCCAUGGGCUCCGCCUGCGGGGAAGGCUGCCUUGGUAUUUCAGGAAUGCGGUAGUCAUGGUAACGUUGCUCUCUCCCUUCCCGCUUCUCCUGGGCCCGCGCUUCCUGCCUUACACCAAUCGCAAGCACAGCCUUGGUCAGCUGAUCCAUCGACUGCGGGCGGGGUGCGCGGGAAAGCUCGUCCUUCACCGUUGGGGACAACCCCUCCUCGAACAGCAUUUGAAUAGGUUCAGAGUCCAAAUCCCACCCGAGCCGGUGGACUAACAUGGCAAAGCGUGACCAGUAGUCUCUAACUGACUGGUUCCUCUGUUUGCAACCCAUCAGUUCCCGCCGAUUCACACUUUGCUGUACAUCACUGGAAUACAUUGCAUCCAUCGCCUGGAAGAAUUUCCUCAGGUCUUUCAAGGCGGCAUUCUGCGUUGCCAUUAGGGGCCUGAUCCAAUCUCUGGCCCCAUCCUGCAGAUGUCCGACAAUAUAGGCAACCCUUUCCCCAUCGUCUGCAAAAUCAUUCUGUUGCAGUUCCAAAGCGUACUCUAUUUCCGUUCGGAACGCACUGUAGUCCUGGGGUUUCCCUCCAAACUUGUGUACCAGUCCCGGUACCUUCCUUGCUACGGGGGUGGGUCUGACCUGAGCAUCCUGAGACCGCCUUUCGUCCAGCCGCGCCGUCAGCAGAGCCACAUGCUGUUCCAAAUCUCGGUUCCUCUCCACCAGAUUUUGCCCUCCAGCUGCUCCCUCCGUGGCGCCAGCUUCUCCAGUUUUGCUCAUGAUGCUGCCUGCCAGUCGCUGUGCACGAGCGACGUCAGGGACUGACGGAUUGCUGUAAUGUGUAUGGGUUGCUCGUGCGUAAGUUGCCGCCUCUCCAGGCUUUGUUGCCUUGCUAAACCUUUCAGUCUGGGCAGCCCUUCCCUUCGUGGCUGCCUCAGUCGCUAGCAGAAUCCGUCAGUGGGUGUUUCUUAAAUCUUUUCCAACAUAAAAGUUGUUUGACACCCAGUCUCCUCCUACUCUCUCUGCGCGGAAGUCUUCUGCGCAGGGUGGGCGUGGGUAGCGGAGGACCCGUGCUCUCCCCGCUGGUGUCCGGUGAAGAGUCCUGGAGCCCUCUCGCCGAUUCCCCCAUCAGCCCCUCUUUAUCCCUGGUGUUGCGCUGAUUUGCUUCCCCAUCUGCGGAGCUGCCUCUCUCCCUGCUGGGCCCUUCUCCAGCAUCAUUUGAGAGCCUUCCCUCCGCUUCUAGCUCCGAUGUCAGUUCCCUGACAGUAUGUGUGCGAGAUUAAAUUAUAUACAUUUAUUUGUAUAUAGCUAUCCAGCCAUCCCAAGGACCAAAGUUUGAACCAUAUGAAAAGUAACACAAGGCAACAUCAUAAACAAACUUAUAAUGCCAUGUUUCCCUGGCAGGUUGCAACAUGCUUCUUAAAAAGGGAGGGGAUGUUCUUCUUGUUUAACAAAUGUUAAAAUAAAAUAACACGGUAUGGAAUGAAUUGAGUGCGUGCAGAUCUGAAUAAAAUUCUAUAAAAGCACAGAACAGUCUCUGCUUGAGACUUUGAAGUCUCACUUUGCUUCAUAUAGACUGAUAAAUACUUCACAGCCAAAAAGUCUGAUGCUCUCCUACUCUUUUGAUGUGGCAGUUCUGUGUGUUGUUGUUGUUGUUUGCAGGGUGCCAACUCUCUCUCGCUGUUUGUGUGUGUGUGUUGUUUUGCAGAGUGCAAGAGGCAGGUUCCUGCCCCAAGGAGUUUACAGUCGAAAAGCUGACACAGGGGAAGAAGCUGGGGAGGGAAGUGGAGGCAGGUAUUAACAGGGAAGCAAUAUGCGAUGGUUUCAGUUUCUUCUUUUCUCCCUCUUUCCCUGCCCUCCUCCCUAUGGUCUUGGUGACCCCCUCCAGGAUGUUCAAAUUUGCUCGGCAUGGAAUCAGGAGCCAUUUCGAACACACAGCUUGCCGCCUCUUCAGUGCACUAUGGGUUCCUUGGCCUGCAGCGCUGGGGUCCAGAGCUCGCCCGCCUCAACAACAAGGGGAUUGUGAAUGCCUGGACCUCCAGUAACUAUGACAGGAGCCCUUGGAUUCAGGUAAUGGUGGGCUUCGAAAUGUGGGAGGCCAAAAACUAAGCAAGGAGCAUUCGCUCAAACUGGGAGGGCCAGAUGGAAACAGGCCUUUGAUAGACGGAGUCGAUUAUGUAAUAAUGGUGAAUGUGCUGUUACUGUUGAGGCAGCUUGUUUGAAUUAUAGAAACAUUAAUGCGACUUCCUUUUUAUGGUGUAAUGUAUUUUAAUGCAAGUUGCUUUGAUACCUUCUUAGGUUACAAGUGACCAAUAAGUCUAAUAAGCAUAGCUUGGAUUGUGUUGCUUUCAUUGUUUUUAAGGCUGAUGUUUUAAGGCUCCUUUGGGAGGGAGGGAUAUAAAUGGAUAUAAAUUAAAUAAAUAGAUAUGGGUGGGGGUAAAAAUAGAAAUGGGUGCUUCAAUGUGCUGUGCUUGUUUUUGUGACUCCCAGCAUGCUGUUGGGCAAAUAAGCCACACACAAAACAUCUGAUUAGUGUUGAGUCACACAAACACACACACAUACAGAGAUGUUUAUCCAGUUUCUGCCUGCUUUUCCUCACCCCAGGUCAACCUGAUGAGGAAGAUGAGGAUCUCCGGCCUUGCCACGCAAGGUGCACGCCGCGUAGGCCGCCUGGAAUAUGUCCGGGCCUACAAAGUAGCCUACAGCCUUGACGGGCGCGAGUUUGUGUACAUUAAGGAUGAGGAGCAAGAUCAUGACAAGGUGAGCAAAUGGGGCAGGUGCUGCAGCUGUGCCUGAGAGGUGGAGAAUAAUAAAAAAAGUGGAUGGUAAGAUGGUAACGGUAAAGGACCCCUGGAUGGUUAAGUCCAGUCAAAAGUGACUAUGGGGUUGCGGCACUCAUCUCGCUUUCAGGCUGAGGGAGCCAGAUUUUCGGGUCAUGUGGCCAGCAUGACUAAACUGCUUCCGGUGCAAUGGAACACCGUGAUGGAAACCAGAAUGCAUGGAAAUACCGUUUAACUUCCCGUUGCAGUGAUACCUAUUUAUCUACUUGCAUGGGUGUGCUUUCGAACUGCUAGGUUGGCAGAAGCUGGGACAGAGCAACGGGAGCUCACUCUGUUGCAGGCAUUCAAACCGCCGACCUUCCAAUCGGCAAGCCCAAGAGGCUCAGUGGUUUAGACCACAGCGCCACCUGUACCCCUGAACGAUGCUGAAGUGCUUUAUAAAAUACAUUACCUUGUUUUUCUUAACAGCAGCCUCCCAAGGUAGGCCACUAAAACAGCGCCUUUGUUGUUAGGCUUGGCACCAUCCCGCAGUUGCUUUUUGUAGUUGCUUCGGAUGCUGAUGCCUGCCCCAUGACCCACAAAACUGGGAUUUUGAUUGGCGCAGAGUGGCAGUUGCUUGAAUUUCCCACAGAACUCCUGAUGUACAAAGGACACAUCAGUUUCCUUGCCCAUUUCCCCCCCUCCGACCCAUCUCCAUUUCCCCCCCCGUAUGUGGAUUCCAGAAGGUUGUCCAUGAGGGGAUCUGGCCCUCAGCCUAACCCCCCUCCAAACUCUUGCCCUAGAGAAUGAUUAAAUUUAGCAUGUGUAUUUUACUUACUUUUAGUUAACUAAAAACAGUGGGGUGACUCCCAUGCUAGCCGUACUCCGAGUAGACCCAUUGAAAUGAAUGGACCUAGGUUAGUAAUGCCCUUUUGAUUUCAAAAAAGUGCUCUUACCAUGACUAGCAUCGGAUGCAUUAGUAUCUAUGUUAGGCAAAAUUGCAUACAAAAAAUGGCCUGGGUUCAUAAGCUGGACUGUAGGAGGGCCUUGCGAGAUGGGCAGUGCAUUGUACAAAUGCCUUGCUUAGAAAAAAAUGGGCUUCCUCUCUGCCACCGGCCGUCUUUUCCAUUGAAGCGCAUCACCUUUUGCUACAAAAAAGGAACAGUUUUGAGGACAGCAUACAUUUUUAGUUGCAAUCAUAGAAGAAUCCACUGUGAUUGAAACAUAUCUGAGCUUGUCAAAUGGUGUUGCAAAGAAUCUUAUGAGCGGCAAGAAAUUUUCCAUGAGGACUUAAAAAUUGCCUUUUGCAAACUAAGGUGGAGAACUGAAUUUAAGAUUUGAGAAAAUAAAAACAAAAACCUGAGACAAACUGAAAUUGGCAGGUUUGCCUUGAGGGCUCUGCUGCCCUGCCCUCCCUGUUUCCUUUAGAUUGGUGCAAUUCCAGCCUCUCCCAGCCAUGGAAGAAGAAACAUUUUAGCUCUUCUCAGAGAAUACUAAUGAUGCUUAAUUCACUGUGCUGAGCCUGCUGGGUCCUUACUUGUCCCCAUGCAGGUGUUGAGGAAGCUAUGCUGAAUAUUUGGAAGUCCAGAAGUUCUUUGAGUUUUUCUGCAAGCACCGACAAAGCCCCCCUAAGCGCGAUAAUCGGAAACACAUUGCAUAGUAGCCAUUCCUCAGACCCACCCUUCCCCACCCCACCGUAAACGUUUUCUCUUGUCCCAGUGGAAGCCUGAUAAAGGUACAUAAGAGUUGAUUUAGCUUCUGCAUGAAAGGGGGGGGGGAGUUGGUGUAAGGGGGGGUCCCAGCACACGAACAACCCCCACCUCACCCCAAUUAAAUAGCUGGUUUAAGCUGUUCUGAUUAUACUUACAGCAAGUUUGUUUCAUGAGCUAGCAGAACUGUUUGAGUUGGUAUCCUGCAAGACAACAGAGGUUUAGGACCAGAGUUUUCCUUCUCCUAUAUAUUGGCUCUCUCUGUUAUUCCUGCAAGCUCCAAACUCCUCUAUAGUAGAAGUAGAAAGAACAUAGGGAGCUGCCUUAAACUGAGUCGGACCAUUGACACAUCUAAAGGUAAAGGUAAAGGACCCAUGGACAGUUAAGUCCAGUCAAAGGCGACUAUGGGGUUGCAGCGCUCAUCUUGCUUUCAGGACAAGGGAGUCUGCGUUUGUCCACAGACAGGUUUCCGGGUCAUGUGGCCAGCAUGACUAAACUGCUUCCGGUGCAAUGGAACACCGUGAUGGAAACCAGAAUGCAUGGAAAUACCGUUUAACUUCCUGUCGCAGUGGUACCUAUUUAUCUACUUCUGCUGGUGUGCUUUCAAACUGCUAGGUUGGCAGGAGCUGGGGCAGAGCAAUGGGAGCUCAUCCUGUUGCGGGGAUUUGAACCGCUGACCUUACGAUUGGCAAGCCCAAGAGGCUCAGUGGUUUAGACCACAGUGUCACCUGCAUCCCUUGAUACAUCUAGCUCUGUAUUUUCUGCACCAACUGGCAACACCAUCUGCGUGUAAGGCCAAUGCCACUGAGCUACAGAUUUUCUCUUGCUAUUUCAACUUUCCUCCAUUGAGUUCAGGAUAGUUUGCAUAGAUGCAGGUCACCACACGUUUAUAAUCGCAACAAACUUGUUAGAAGUGAGAGCUGGAUUUGCGCUCAUGAUCUCUGUCAAAAAGUGCCAGCAUUCUAACCAUUCUGCCAUGCUGCCUCUUCGAAGUAGCUGCCUAAGAAGAUGUCCCCUUUAGAGAGCAGAUGUGACUCUAGACCAGGGGUUAUCAUCCUGGUCCCUACCACCCACUAGUGGGCAUUUCAGGAUUCUAGGUUGGCGGUAGGGGGUUCUACGUCACAAGCGGAAUCCUCCUUCCAUCGAGCACUGGUGGGUGGUAAGGAAAUUUUACCAUCAAGAAAGAUGCAUUAGUGGGUGGUAGCUAUGAGAAGGUUGACUAUCCCUGCUCUAGACCAUCAACUCUGUUCCUAAGGUCUCAUCCUUUCACCGUUGCCCUCUCUCCUGGCAGGUUUACACUGGCAACUCAGACUAUGAAGAUACGGUGACCAACCUCUUCAAUCCUCCGGUAACAGCCCAGUACCUCCGCAUCUACCCUGUGAUCUGCCGUAGAGCCUGCACUCUGCGCUUCGAGCUGGUCGGCUGCGAAAUGAAUGGUAAAUGCUUCCCAUUGGUCUAAGGCCACUGGCACCGUACGUUUAAAGCACUGCAAUGCCACUCAUGGCUUUCCCCAAAGGAUUUUGGGAACCAGGAGUGGUUUAACAGCCAGCCCCUCUUCCCAGGGAAUUAUGGGAAUCGUAGCUCUGUGAGGGGAAUAGGGGUCCCCAAAUAAAUCAGCACCCACAACAAACCACAGCUCCCAAAAUUCUUUGAGGGAAGCUGUGACUGUUUCGAGUAGUCACAGAGUACUUUAAACGCAUGGUGCGAAUGUGGCCUAAAUGUCUUGGUGGUGGUGGACUUUCUUGCAUGGACAAUCAGAGGGCAGCAGCAAACUGGAGAAUUUGACUUCACCGUCCUUGCCUCCAUGUUGGAAUUCUUUUUCCUUAAUCUGGUUUGGGUAAGCCAAAAUGUUGAUGUAGGUCUAGGGAUGGGGGUAUAGGUCAAUGUUGCUUUCUCUCACUUUCUCAUUUUUCCAGUUCUAAGUUCAGUUCUCCACAUUUGCACAUCGCUUUGUGAACUUUGUUUUUUAAAAAGAAAAGGUCCUCAUGAAAAUUCAUUGGCUUUUCAUUGUGAAUUUCCCCCAAUAUGUACAUUUUUGCAAAGCCAUCUCUUCUAAUACAAUGCAUUUUGGUAUGUUAUUUUCACUAAUAUAUUUUCAUCCUUUAACCUGACAUAUGUAUGUUUUGCCUACGUUACUUGUCUGUGGAGAACUGCAUUUCAAAAUUUGGAAAAAUGCAAACUUUCCAAGGAUAGCUGUAUGUUUGGUUUGCAUGUUGCUUUGGAAAAGGCAAACCAGGUAUGCUCACAUUAAAAUGUGAACCGAAUUGAAUUUCACCCCCGUCCCCAUAGCAGGUCACCCAAAUUGCCCUGGGGGAAUUCCUCAGGGUUGAAGCAGUUGCCUUUGCUGACCUCUGAUUUCCAAAAUCUGUUGGCACUUAACUGUGAAAACUGGGACUCUCAGAUUGGCCACUUGGGUACUGUGGAUAAUUGCCAGCUCUGUCUGCUCUGUAAAGAAACGUUUUUAACAUUUCUGUGCAGAGGCAGCCCAGAUUUUGCACUUUAAAAAGGCCUGUUUUUGCAUGAUUUCUUGCUGUUUGCAUCAUAUUUUUAAUCUGGCUUUGUUUGGGCCACGGAGAGGGGAACUGAGAAUCUUUCUCCAAGCUGCUGGGAAGCUAAGAAAAGACUAGACUUGAUACGCAGUCCUCACUUCUGAACUUUAAAUAUGCAUCUGCCUGGCUGGGGUUUGAUGCAUUGUUCUGUCUCCUCUUUAUGGAACAAACUCUCUCUGGGAUAGCUCAGUUGGUAGAGCAUGAGACUCUUAAUCUCAGGGUUGUGGGUUUGAGUCCCGUGUUGAGCAAAAAUAUUCCUGUGUUGCAGGGGGUUGGACCAGGUGAUCCUUGUGGUCCCUUCCAACCACAAGGAUCUCCACCGUUGGGCUUUGCUCAGAAUAGUCAUUUCCAGUUUGAUCUUGGAAGCGGCCACUUGGUGAGGACUGGCCUGGUAGGACUAGGCUUUCUUUGGCUUCCCUAACAGUGAUGGAGUCUUGGUUGUUGGGUCCUGUUGUCCAGGCCAGGAGGCCUCCCUAUUACAGUGGUGCUGUCAGGGCGGGACUUAUGGGCAAACGCCCGGGGUCCCCACAAUAGACUGAACAGGUGGGCUCCCCAGUCCAGGAGGGUGGGCUUAACUAGGGCUGUCAUACGUUCGGGAAUUGGACUGUCAAAAUGGCGUCUGGGUAGAUUUUUACCAAAUCGGCAAAAUGUCCUGGAAAACCCGGAUGUAUGAGAUUACGCUAGUAGGACUGCAAGAAGUUCUGUAAGGAGGACUAUUUGAAAUAUUGCAAGAAAGACUAUGAGGAGAAUUAUUAGUUAAUGAUAAUUAAGAGUAAUAGAGAAAUUAAGAAAUGCAGAAUAAGUGAUAGAGAAUGGAAAAUCAUCAGAGGUGUUGACGGAAGUCUAAAAUAUUGUAUAAGAUAAGAAGUUAUGUUAAAUGAAUGUUGGAAAUGAUAUGUAAAAAACCCCGAUAAAAAUGUGUAUAUAUAAGAAAACCCGGAUGUAUGGCAACUGGUGCGAUUUUUAAAGAAAAAUUCCUUUAAAAAUCCCCCAAAAGCUCCAAAACUCUUUUUUUUUGGGACAUGUUCCCAGAGAAAGGUCAUCAACUUCGCCCGCCCUCCAACAACUUUGUUUGGAUUUUCACUUUUGGGAAUAUGGCUUAACGCGUUUCCAGAAUAGGUGAAGUAACGCAUAUUAGCAUUUUCAAGUGGCAGGCGGAAGCCCAAAGUCUAAAAUGGCUCGACUUGCACCACUGCCCACAUCCAGACUUUGGGGCUCUUUCUGUUUCUUCCUCCUCCUCAUCCAUAAUUACAAUCGUACCUUGGUUACUGAAUGCCUUGGUACUCGUACGUUUCGGCUCCUGAACGAUCGAAAACCAGAAAUGUGUGUUCUGGUUUUCUAACGCUUUUUGGAAGCCGAACGUCCAGCAUGUCUUCCGAUUGGCUGCAGGAUGAUCUUGCAGCCAAUCAGAAGCCGUACCUUGGUUUUCAAAUGGUUCUGGGAGUCAAACGGGCUCCUGGAAGGCAUUCUGUUCGAAAACCAAGGUACGAGUGUACAGUGACACCCUCUGGUGGUGCUCAGAAUUAUAGACCAGCUGACUGUUUUUCCUGCUUCUUACUGUCACAGCUCUGUUGUAGCAUUGUAAAUUUGCUUGGUGCUUUGCUGAGCAGUGUCACGAAAACCAGACUGGCUCCUGCCCUGAGGACCUUACAGCUGAAAUGUUGGUGGAGGAUGACCAAACUCUGUAUUGCCCGCACAGAUCAGCAAUACCUCUCCUGGGUCUUUCUGAGUCCUUCCUGGACAUGCCAGAGAUUGAAUGUGGAACCUUUUGCAUGCAAUGCAGAUGUUCUUAACAAUGAGCCACAGCUCUUCCCACCCUCCGCAUUAACCCAUGACUUAAAAAAUAUGUACUUAAAAAAAUUAUCACUUAAUCACAAAACACCAAGUAAAUAUCUUUGCUCUCAGUAUGCAUCUCAAAUAUUUUAUCCUAGAACAGCAUUUGGGUAUGUGUUGUGAGAAGCGUCUCACAGAAUUCAGAGAAGUGGGAAAUCUGAAGGAUAAUUAUUGAGGAAUAUCCACUGGUGAAAUUGGAAUGGAAUUACACCAUUAUUGGGUAAAAACCAGGGUGGCUAACCUUUGAUGCUCUAGAUAUUCCUGGACUGCAGCUCCUAUCAUUCCCUGACCAUUGGGGCCACAGGAGGUGUCAUCCAGCAACACUUGAAAGAUUACAUGUUAGAUGCCCAGCUCUUGCACCCUCAAAGUGACUUGUAAAUGUUUGUGGACAUCAUUGGGAUUCCAUCUUUUGGGUUGGCUUACUCCCGUCCCCCUUGCCUUUGUGUUUCCAUCUGUGCUUUGGUUCCUUGUUUUUAAAACAGUUUCCAUGAAGCUGCAAGACUUGCUUUUAGUGAGAUCCCUAAUGGUGGACAAGUUGGUUCGAAGCAUCCAUCAGCACUUCACCACUGCUGAUGUUCAGAGCACAGGGAUGCACGUUGCAGAAUUCUGCCUUAGAACCUUCCCCAGAAUCUUCGCAACACAUGGGAGUUUCUGUGGCAGGCAUGUUUAUACAUGGGGGAUCUAGGCCGAUGGGUCAGCAUGGAAAGUUUUGAAAGCUGCUGCUUUGGGGAAGAUGUGUGUGUGUGUUUCUGUCUGUCUGAUGGUGCUUAAUUUUGUUUUCUUCUGAGCAUCUGUUGCUUCCGGUCUCUUCCCUUUCACUGUGUCUGUGUAAACUGUUGUGUUACAGUGUAUUUCAACAUGGCAGGUUGCUCGGAGCCGCUGGGCAUGAAAUCCCACUUCAUCAGCGACCAGCAGAUCACAGCCUCCAGCGUUUACAAGACAUGGGGCAUCGACGCAUUCACUUGGCACCCGCACUAUGCCCGCCUGGACAGAACGGGCAAGAGCAACGCUUGGGCUGCCCUCCGCAACAAACAGGACGAGUGGCUUCAGGUAAGGCCUUGCUGCUCCUAUGCAGGAAGGAGGGGUGGAAGGGCAGUGCAAGGGUGAAGACUGGGCACUUGAAUGUGUGGCAUAAGAGGAGCCUGCCAGUGGCCCAUCUAGCUCAUCACUCUGCCCUCACAGUGGCCGACCGGAUUCCUCAAACAAACCUGGAAGCUGGGAAUGAGCACAACAGCAUCCUGCUCACCUAUGAUUCCCAGCACCUUAUAUUCAGUGCCUGGAAGAUGACCAUCGUGGCUAGUAGCCAUUGAUAGACUUGUCCUCCGUGAAUUUGUCCAAUCCUCUUUUAAAGUCAUCCAUUUGGAUGGCGAUCAUUGCCUCCUGCAGCAGUGAGUUGCACAGUUUAACUAUGCCACAUGAAGAAGUACUGUCUGAAGAAUCGCACACACAGAGAGAGAGAGAGAGAGAGCGCACUUUAUUGCGGUCCAUAGACCCAAAAUACACAGUACAGCGAUGGUAUAUACAGUCAUACCUCAUGUUACGUUUGCUUCAUGUUAUGUUUUUUCAGGUUGCGUCCCAUGGCGACCUGGAAGUACCAGAAAGGGUUACUUCCGGGUUUUGCCGCUUGCACAUGUGCAGAAGCGCUAAAUCGCGCUUCACGCAUGUGCACAAGUGCCAAAUUGUGCCGCUCACAUAGCACAUAGUUGCUAGAUUCGUUUGAAUCUCUUGAGUUAAGCAAUCCAAUCUGGCUUUGUCCAGAUUGGGCUCGUUCCUGGUAAAUUCCCUUUUUUAUCCUUCUGAAAAAGAAUAAAGACACAAAAGUCUUCUUUAAAAGUAAUGAUAAGAAGUUUACUCAUAUUCAGUUCACAGUAGGUUCCCUGAAGGCAGGCUUUACCUUGUAGUUACAGAAGAGAGUUUUUGAGUUCAUCCCAUAUGGGAAUGAGCCCAUGUGCUGCUGGCUAAGAGCCAGCAGACAGCAAAAGCAUCAGUAUCAGAAGAGAGCAGCAAAAGAGGAAGAUGGCUGCGUGACUGGCCCUUUUACAGGGUCUCACAGGGUCAUGCCCAUCUAUCUAGUCACACACAGGGGGAGGAUGCUCCAGAUCAGGUGGGACAGGAAGUCCUCCUGGCUGGAGUAACACCUCCCUGUGUGUCCACUCUGGGCAAACAGGAAGUGUUUUAUUUGACUGCUACAGUGAUGUCACAUCCCACACGUGGCACAAAAGGAAGUCCGGAUGAGCCCUCAGUUGUAAGCAAACUUGCCCCCAGGUUUGGAUGCUUUUUCUGCACAUCUUCUGAGUCUUAAGAGGAGUUUUCAACCUUGGAUGGGUUAACCACUUGUGCAUUGGGGUUAAAAGGUUUCCAGGGAAGGUGGCCUCACCUGAGUCUGGGCCCCUCUUUUCUUCAUCAUCUUCACAAAUUAAACAUUGUCCUUGUUUCCCUGCAGAUCGAUCUUGGGGCCGAGAAGAAGGUGACAGGGAUCAUUACGCAAGGAGCUCGUGACUUUGGGCACAUUCAGUAUGUUGCCGCCUACAAAGUGGCCUAUAGUGAUGAUGGGAAGUCCUGGACUCUUUACAAGGAUAGCAGGACAAACGCCACCAAGGUAGUCUUGGGGAAUUUUGCAUCCUCUGUGUUUUAGAAACCACUCCCAUCCUCACUGAGGAAUAGGAGAGAAAUUCAAUUCCAUUUGCAUUUAAGGCCAAAUCUUAUCAAAUCUGCACUCUCCAGGACAAGAUGAGAACCAAAAAAACAGCCACCCUUCAAAAUCUGCACUUAUCCGAAAUUUGCAACGCAGUUCCCCGACAUUUUUCAGGGCCUGAAAAAAUGAAUACUUUAGUGAAAAGAAACUUAGAAUGCAGCAUUAUAUCAGGAGAAAUUGCUUGCAACAAAGGGUACAUUAGCCAAGUGUGUGUGUGUGUAUUAAAAGAGAAGUUCACACUAAAAUGCUGAAGAAUCAAGAAAGGGUAACCCUUGCUUACAGCCCUGCGAGGUCAGCCGGCCUGCUUCCUUCCCGCUCUUGUGUUUUCUAACCGUUCUUCUUUCUCUUCACCGGCACAGAUAUUCCAAGGCAACUACGACAACAACUCGCACAAGAAGAAUGUGUUUGACGUUCCCUUCUACACCCGCUUUGUGCGCAUCCUCCCCGAAUCCUGGCACAACCGCAUCACCUUGCGAGUGGAGCUUCUGGGCUGUGAUGAGUAG